GGACUCGUUGUUGGUUUGUUUGUGAAUUGUGAGUUGGUAGUAAUAAGAAGAAGAAGAAGAAGAAUCAGAUAACCCCAAAGGAAGAGGUGACCGACAACACGUACGAGAGCAGAGAAGAAAUGGCUGAAGGAAGGAGUGAACAGAAGAAGAAGAAGGUGAUGGUGGCAAUAGACGAGAGCGAGUGUAGCCGCUACGCGCUCCUCUGGGCUCUCGACAACCUUCACGAAACCAUAGCCAAUUCCGAGCUUAUCCUCUUCGCUGUACAGCCCAUUGUUGACCUCAGUUUCGCUAUGGUUUCCACUCUCGGCGCUGCCCCCCAGGAUUUGAUUACAUCUAUCCAAGAAAAUCAGAAGAAGACGGCAUCAACCUUGUUGGAGAGAGCUAAGGAAAUCUGCGCCAAGCAGGGGAUAGUUGCAACGACAGUGACAGAAGUUGGGGAUCCUAAAAACGCAAUAUAUGAAACAGUGGAGAAACUCGACAUUCAAUUACUUGUAUUGGGCAGCCAUGGUCGUGGUGUUAUACAGAGGGCUUUCUUGGGAAGCGUCAGCAAUUACUGUGUUCAACAUGUCAAGUGCCCUGUUCUUGUCGUGAGAAAAACAGAUUGAAGAAUGAACUGUUACUAUGUAUCGUUGUUCUGAAGAAACGAGCAAGAAAGAUUUCUAUUGUUAUCAACUUAAUCUAUGAUAAGAAACCAAAAAUUUCUUUGAAGAUAUUCAUAUUCUGUUUUGCUUAAUGGAGAAUUAAGUCUUGUAGAAAUACAGAACUUAAAAGCUGUAAAUAGAAUAAAUGCAAUGCACUUGAUUUAGCUUC